CAAACAAUAACAACAUUUACAAAGCUCGAAAUAUUUUCUUAUACACUAAACAAAAACACAAAAUGGGUCGUGGGUAUGAUUUACUAUUCAGUCUAGUAACGUUUUUAGUAUUGGUUGCAGCAGUAACUGCACAAGGAAACCGUGGCUCGAGCCGUCGUGGUGGUCGAACACCACGUGUUGGGUUUUAUGGGAAUAGAUGCCGAAACGUAGAGUCUAUUGUGUCAUCGGUGGUUCGAUCUCAUGUCCGGUCUAACCCGGCUAAUGCACCGGGGAUUUUGCGUAUGCAUUUUCACGAUUGCUUUGUUCGCGGCUGCGAUGGCUCGAUUCUCCUCGCUGGUAACACCACGGAGAGAAACGCCAUUCCUAAUCGUUCAUUGAGAGGGUUUGAAGCUAUUGAAGAGGCUAAGGCUAGGCUUGAGGAUGCUUGUCCUGGAACCGUUUCUUGUGCUGAUAUUCUCACCCUUGCCGCUCGCGACGUCGUCGUUUUGACCGGUGGACAAGGCUGGAGAGUGCCAUUAGGACGCCUGGACGGCCGAAUCUCGCAAGCCUCAGAUGUGAUCUUGCCCGGACCAUUCGACUCUGUCGACAAGCAAAAGCGAGACUUCGCUGCUAAAACACUCAACACAUUGGACCUCGUAACUCUUGUCGGAGGACACACGAUAGGAACUGCUGGUUGCGGUUUGGUGAGAGGCAGAUUCUUUAACUUCAACGGAACAGGACAACCCGACCCAUCAAUCGACCCGAGUUUCGUACCACUGGUUCAGGCUCGAUGCCCUCAAAACGGCGAUGCAACGACCCGAGUCGACUUAGACGCCGGAAGUGCUGGUAGGUUCGACACAUCGUUCCUAAGGAAUGUGAGGUCAAGCCGCGUGGUUCUCCAAUCCGAUCUAGUCCUAUGGAGUGAUCCCGAGACCCGAGCCAUCAUAGAAAGGCUUUUAGGCUUACGCUUCCCGUUUCUGAGGUUCGGAUCAGAGUUCGCGAGGUCGAUGAUCAAGAUGAGUCUCAUAGAAGUUAAGACUGGUUCAGAUGGGGAGAUUCGUAGGGUUUGCUCUGCUAUCAAUUAAUUAAGAGAAUAUACGAAAACAUAAGUUAAUUUGCGGUUUGGUUUUAAUUCAAGAUUUGGUUGGUUAAUAAUCAUUUGGUCUAUAUAAUAAGCUUGUUGUUAUAGCAUUUUGUGGUUGAUGGUUACGUUUUGAUUUUUCAAGUGUAAUAUUGUACUUGUAACAAAAAUGUAUUACAUAUAUAAAAUUGUCAUUUGUUUA